AUGUUUGGCAUGCGCAAGUUCAACGCUCCCUUCCUCCGUCCCGCUGCUCCUUUCAUCGCUGGUGGUCUUACCGUCUUCUUCCUUGUUGCCAAGAUGCAAACCGCCAUGAUUAACAGCGACGAAUACAAGAACGACCCCAGAAACCCUGCUUUGGCUGCUGGCAAGAAGGCUCACUAA